AUGGGGUACACCAUUAUCAUACCAACCUUCAAGGUAGACGGACAUCAGGGAAUCGGUCCGUACAAAUAUAUGUCGAUCCAAGGCGAGUCACCGGGCAAUCUUCAAGCGACUUAUCCGUUUCAGAUCAUCGCUAUGGAUCACAUCCCCUCAUUGCCUAUAUCCUAUAAAGGAAACCCCGGGCUGUUGACCUUCGAGGAUCUCUUCUCUGGUUACGUGAUCGUCAAGAUUAGCUGA